AUGAAUCCAAUUGGAGUGACAUCUCUGGCAGCUUUACUUUUGCUCUGUUUGACCAUUCAGAGUGAAUUCAUCAACUGUAAAGAGAUUCCUGUUAAACAAUAUCCUUUGCAACUUCAUGUUGAGCUUGGGCAUUCAGCUAUCAUAAUUUGUACUUUUGAACUUGAUGUUGGGGAUGAAAAUGAGAUUGAUGUUUAUUGGAUUAAGCAAGUAAACCAAAGUGAAAUUUAUGAUGUACUCCACAUUUCUUCAAAAAGUUUUCAUACACUGAAAACAAACACAAUUCGUAAUCAUUCUGAAGGAUCCUUCAGUUUCUCUGGCAAUCUAAAGCGAGGUCUAAUGGUUCUAGAAAUAAAAAACAUGCAAAAAGUAGACUUUGGCUUAUACAUAUGCAAAGUAGCCAGAACUAUACCCCCUCCACCCGUGGAAGGAAGAGGGCACGGUACUAACAUAGUUGAAUACAGGAAACAUUCUUCCAGGUCAGGAGCUCAGAAUGGAACAUAUUCAUAUCAACAUUGCAACAGAGAAAAUGCAUUUAUUACAGUAAUUGUGAGCCUUGUUAUAUACUCUUUUAUUAUGACAGUCCUUGCAUUAGUUUGUUGGAUUUACAAAAGAAGAUCAAGUGAAACACAGAAGGACUCACUGAUAUAUGUAGACAUGAGAAAAGGACAGAAUGAAACAACACGAGUGAGGAGAAAUUAAGUUGUUUUCAUUCUUGGAAAUCUAAUAUUCUUCAUACAACAGGAAAUGAAACUCAAACUUCCAUUCAAACAAAUCAAAUGAACACUAUCACUUUAUGUGUACUCAGUUAAUGAAUUCUAUAUUUGCCAUUGGUAUGCAAUCGCAUUAAAUAACUAUCCUGAACAUACAGGUACAAAAUAUAUAGUGUAAUUAAUAUUCAUAUCUAAAGUGGGCACAUGGAAGGUAGGACUCAAAAAGUGAUAAAAGUCAUCCUGUGGCUAUCCUAGUGAAUGUGAACAGGGGAAUUCUAAGUAGAGUGCACUAUUUAAUCCAAUUUUGAAUUUACAUUCCCUUCAAUGGAUUUUUUUUAGAUUAGAUUACUUUACAGUGUGGAUUUGUUCAAACAAAAAUCUGAAGAAAUAUAAGGGUUUUUCUGAAUGGCUCAUUACAUGAUACUGCCCACGGCUACACUUUAAAUAUUAAUGCAGAAGUUGCAAAUCUCUGACCAAUUCUCCGUUGUUCUUCCAAACAGAGUUAAUCUGUCUGAAAAAUAUUGUGAAACAUACUCUGCAAGGCCUUAAGCAGUAACAUAUUUACUUAUUAAUUUAUCAACAUAGGAAUCAAAGUGGUCAUUUUUUACAUUAUUCCAGUUUUUCAAAAGUACACAGGAGACUCUUUUAUAGCACACAUGGGUUUAUCUCUUUACUAUUUAUUUCGAAUAAAUGGUGGGUAAGAAUUUUAAAUGCUGUUAUGACUAAGAUAAAUUCCCACGAAGAGAUCAAGUCCAAAUCUUCGCUAUUUAUAAAUCCCACUACAAUAGUAUUAUUAACAUCUAUUAGGAGGCCAGUUAGCUAAUGUGGCUAGCCUCUGGUUCAGAAUAAUGCCAAAAGCUCAGGUUAAUUCCUGGGACUAGCUGAAGUAGGUCUUAGGAUGACAGAACCCUCACUUCAACUGGAACACCUAAACCACCCUUUAAAAUAAUAAGAAUGCUAUUGCCUCUUGAUGAAUAAUGUUAUGAAUAGAACAUUGUGAGACAUAUGCCACAUAGUGUUCCAUGUUUAAUGUGCAAUGAGAAUGUUUAUUUUAAAGUGUAUUACUUGCAUCUUCAGAUUACUGUUUUCAGACAUUUUUGGAUGACUUCAGAAUAUUUUCUAGCUCCUUUUAGGUAAUUAAGACAACUUAUGCUGAGCACAGAUGUAAGUCCACAUGUAGCAUUAACAUCCAUAUGGAACAUUAUUCAUGAAUUGUAUAGAAAAUUCCACUGCAUCUUCAUGUAAAGAUCUAUCCCAAGAAGCAGCCAAAAAAAUACAUUCUGUUAUUCUGCACUGUCACAUACUGGAAUGGACUGGGCAAGCUGUGAAUAUUGCUGAUGAUGAUCUUUGAGCUAAAAGUACUUUUAUUGAGAUUUUUUCCCUUGAUAAUCUACAAACCACAUUUCAUCUCUGAAAGUGUAGAGUAACAUUUUCAUUACUAUGCAGUGUCGGGUGUUAGGUUGCUGAUCUCCUUGUAUAUUGUUGAUCUCCUUUGUAUUGCUGAAACUUGGUAAACCGAGUGAGUAAGUCUCCUCUGUUAUAGUCAAGUCUAUAAGAGGGAAUGUAAAGAAAGAAACAAGACAGUCAACCUAAUCAGAGAAAUGAUAGGACUGUUUCCUUCUCCACUCUAGGUGAUUUCACCUCCUGACUGACCUGUUAUAAAUAGUAAGCUCUCAAUGGUAUUGAAGCUGAGUACCUGAGGGAAAUCAAUAUUUAACUAAAUAAAGCUGUACGUCCAUCAGAUAUAAAAAUAGAUUGAGGCCUUUGAGCACAUCGAGUUUAAUCAUGGCUGAUAAGUUUCUCAACUUCAUUCUCCUCCAUCGAUAUGUAACACUUGGUUCCCUUGGUUAUCAAGAAGUUGUCCAUCUCUGUUUUAAAUACACUCAAUGACUUGGCCUCCACAGCCCUUUUUGGCAAUGAGUUCCACAGAUUCAACACCCUCUGGCUGACGAAAUUCCUCCUAAAGGAUCAUCUCUUCACUCUGAGGCUGUGUCCUCAAAUCCUAAUCUCUCCUACUAGUGAAAACAUGUUCUCCAUGUCCAUC